GUAAACGAAACCGUGGAACGUUUUGGCCGCAAGACCCAAGAACUGGAUCAUCAGAAUUGAGCCUCACGUUUGUCCAAUCAUAAUCUGAACAUCAGACAUGAAGCUCUCUGUUCUGGGAUCAAUAAUGGGACAUUCAGGACCAGAAUGUAAAACAAAUGUCCGGGCUGUGACAAGUUUAAACAAAAAUAAGUUUGUGGAACGGCUUGCCUUACCUACUUCUCUGACUCCCUUGGAAUUCCGUGCGUCUUUCAUCUCUCACAAGGCUCUCGGUACCGGUGCAGAUGGUUUGACCACAUCGUUAACGGCCAAGUUUAGCAACACGCCGCCGCCUGACCGAUUGAAAGUUGACAGGACAACUUCAGCUCCUAUGCAAGUGACAGUCAACAUUCGAGGAUCUCAAGAAAGCGCAGUUAUUAUAAAGCACCAUGGAAUAUUCGUUCAAAAUUAUAAGAAUAAACCAAAGACUUCGCUGGCCGAAGACUCAACGUCUCAAUGGAGGAAGCUAAAUAGCAAGAAACAGCCAAUUAUACAGGAGACCAUGACAGCAUCACUCCACAGAGAUGACAACCAAAGUAGGAGGCUGCUGCAGGACGGGGACUGCAGGGCUGCUGCUGGUUCGAGCCCUGUCCAUCACAUCAAGAGUGGCUCUAGAGCUAAAGCCAGCAGAUUCAGUGUCUCCCCAGCCGUGGAGCCCGAUCCCUCCAGUCGGCCCUCCUCCUCCUCCUCCUCCACCUCCUCCUCCUCCACCUCCACCUCCUCCGGCAGCCCCAGCUGUGCCACCGGCCUCUCCACCGAACACAGCUCCAUCUACUCCUGGAGAUAUGACGAGUUUGACCGAGUGAACACCCAGCGCGUGCGCCAGCUCUUCUGUGCCUUGGACGAGCUGCUGUACGAGGGCAAGGUGAGCGGGCGCUCGCAGGGCCUGCAGGACGAGUGCCAGGCCUGGAACGGACACUCCCCACACCUCAGGAUCCUGGGAAACCAGUUGGAGCCCCCCAAACAGGAGGGCUUUCAGUACAUCCACACACAGACCCCCAGUGCCAGGAGCACUGUGAUCCACCCGUGUCCAGACAGGAGGGAGGACCCUAGCCAGCUCUAUGUGGAGGGUCACAGCCUGGCCUCGGGAGCCCCAUCAGCAGCCCAGUCGGCCUCCGACCCCAGACCCCACCUCUCGGGCCACCCGCUGUGUCCUCUGGAGAAGGAGGGAGAGGAGGGUGAGGAAGAGGAGGAGGUGGUGUACGAGGCUGAAGGCAAGCUAGAGGAGUUCCUUGCCUACGAUGGGAAAGAGAUGGAGGAUGAGGGGGACGAUCAGAGGAAGCAAAAGAAGGCCUGCUACCACGCAGCUGCUCUGGGAGGAGGAGGAGGAGGAGGUGGAGGAGGAGGAGGAGGAGGUGGGGUGCCUCCCGUUUCUCCCCAUGCCUGCAUUAAGGACGCCGUGGCGGGAGAGGUGUUUGAUGACGCCUGGCGGCUGGCGACACAUGCCCUCCAGGGGCUCCUGUGUAAGCACUGGGAGAUGGACCCCACAGGUCAGUCCCCCGCAGGUGCAGGAGGAGGGGUAGUGAUGAUUCCCGGCAUGGUGGAGAGCGAUGACCGGGGUCAGAAUGAGCUGUCCUCGCAGGUCAACACCAAGUGCCACCGCCGGGCCUCCUCCAGGGCUUCCAACGCCAAGAUGUUCCUGGCGUGUGGUUUCAGCUCCGCUCAAGACUCUAGUGACUUCAGAAUCAAUUUAAAUGGUGUUAUGACAAUCCAGGCAAAACCGCUUCAGCAAAGACCACAAGGAUCAUCUGAGAAGUCUCCCCGUGACUCGGAUGACCGAUCCAGCGCGCUGGUGUGUGGCCGGUCCGAGGCCCAGAGGUCCCUGUGUGCGUUCUCCCAUCGAGCCCCAGGCCAGCGCCGCCUGCUGCCCAGACUCAGUGGCAGCAGAGCCAGAACCCUGAGCAGCAGCCAGCCUCUCCACAGCAACCAGGCCCUGCAUGGCACCAAGCUAUGCCCGGUCAGCGAGGGGCUGCCAUCGCCACCCGUCAGUGCGGUGUUGAGUCGCCGCGCCCUACACCUCGCCUCGGAUGCUCCCGAGCAGGAUACCUCUGGGACACGCCCUCCCCGAUAUGCACAGCCCAGGUGGAAGCUUCUCCGUGGGGGCAUGUCCAGUGCAGUCCACCCCCGUUCCAGUCUCCCGCCGCUGAGGGAGCCCACUCUGGCCAGGCCCAGCACCACCCACACCACCUGGUCUGACAGACCCAUGAAAAGUAGUUUCUCACCGGUGGAUUUUGCCUGCAGCGUGAUGAAACCACCCGGACAUGUGGCGCUCAAAGGGUUUCCUGGUGACCGGUACCGGAUGGACGUGACGGGCUUCAGUCUGGGUGUCGCCUCCUCCAUGACCAGCAGCUUCUCUGAAUCUGCCACACCUCCCCGACGGAGAAGGGCAUACAUGCCCCUCUCAGCUGAGGGAGAGGAGGACAACAGAGCUCAUGUCAUGGGUGCAGCCUGUCAGCGGAAGGCACUCGGCAGGUUUCCAGGAAACGGGAGGAGGAAGUGUCAGGUGGUGAUGCCGUAGCACAGACCUGUGUGUGUGAGGCUCCUGUUUUGCUUCUGGACACGGCCAGGUGUGUGUGUGUGUGUGUUUGUGUGUGAGAGAGAGAAAGGCUCUUGUUUUACUUCUGGACACAACCAGGUGUGUGUGUGUGUGUGUGUGUGAGAGAGAGGCUCCUGUUUUACUUCAAGGCCAGAUAUGUGUCUGUGUGUCUGUGUGUGUGUGUGUGUGUGUGUGUGUGUGUGUGUGUGUGUGUUUAUGUGUUUGAGGCUCCUGUUUAACUACAGGACACAGAGAGGUGUGUGUGUGUUUGUUUUUGUGUGUUUUUGUGUGUGUGUGUGUGUGUGUGUAUAUGUGUGUGAGGCUCCUGUUUUAUUACAGGACAGAGAGGUGUGUGUAAGUAAGUAAAUGAAUUGAUGGGAUCCUCUGUAAUAGACACGUGUGUACAGAGGCAGAGUUCACUCUAAAGUUGAACCAUAACAAAACACACAAUUAUUAGAGUUCAAUGAGAUCAGGAACAGAAAGGUAUGGUGCUGCACCCUGGAUGUGCACUGGACCUGAGGGCAGAAGGAGGUGGAGCGACAGGUGUGUUUGUCUGUGGUCAGGCAGUGAUGGUGAUGGGCAGUGUUGCAGAGAGCAGAGGGGUAUACUACGAAGCAAGGUUACAGACUUCCCCCGGUAACUUUGGGAGUAACUGCUGAUCUCCAAAAGAACGCUUUACUGCAUGUAUUGCUUCUGAAGUGACAUAUUGUUUUGAGAUCAGCAGUAACUCCCAAAGUUACGUGGAUAGGCCAGCAACCUCGCUUCAUAGUCCUCAGGCUACUCCAUCUGUUUACUUUCUCCCUGUUGACCACAUCAUCACGGCUGUUUACCAGAUGCCAUGUGUAGUACUCAAGUAAUUGUGUACACUCACACAGUAUACUACAAUCACAGUGCCUGAAUUGAACGUGUUUGACAUACUUGUACGAAAUAAAAGUCAAACAUCUACUGCUGUGUAAUAUUGAUUUCAAAUGUAAAUAUUUUGCACUUGGAUGUGUGACCAUGAUUGCUGAUAAAAAGCCAAAUAUGUAUGUUUUUUAA